AUGAAUUCAAAUUACUCAUUAGAAAAAGCUAUUGCAGCCCAUACUAUAAAUACCGAUACCAAGAACGAACUUCCUGAGAAUUCAAAAAAGAAAAACGAACAAAAGAAUGCAUCUACCAAAUCCAAUGAAAAAAAGAUGACUAAAAACACAUCCUCAAAAUUAUCACCGGAAGAAAUUCAUCAAAAAAGGUUAGCAAGAGAAGCUAAGAGAAAGGCGAGAAACGAUGCUUUGAUAGCAAAGGGCUUACAUCCUGAUUAUGAUGAAAACAUUGAAUUCAUUAAAAGACCAAUGUUGUCUGUUUUGCCCUCUAAUGCUACGCCACCAGUUGGCAUUCCCCUAACUAUUAUGAGCUAUAACAUGUUGGCACAAAGUUUGAUUAGAAGAAAAAUGUUCCCUACAAGCGGUAAUGUUUUAAAAUGGUUUGUCAGGAGUAAGCUUCUAAGCAAUGAAUUCAUCUAUUACAAACCAGAUAUAAUGUGUUUGCAAGAAGUCGACUAUAUUCAAUAUCAGAACUUUUGGAAAGAGAAAUUUUCCAACUGGGGAUACGAAUCCCAAUUUUAUAGGAAUCCAACCAAAAAUCAUGGAUGUUGUAUUUCUUGGAAAAAGUCGGUUUUCCAGCAAGGUUUUGUUGAUAGGAUGUUAAUUGAUUACGAUAAAGAACCUAGUGGUGACAUUGAGCCAAGAACUACUACAAAAAAUAUUGGCAUAGUAUUGGCCUUAAAAUUCCAAGAUAGUUAUAAACAAAAGUUUGCAAUCGAUUCAAAAACAACCGGUAUUAUAAUUGGUACAACUCAUUUAUUUUGGCACCCAUUCGGUACUUUUGAAAGAACUAGGCAAACAUUUGUUGUUUUAAAUAAAAUAAGGGAAUUUCAAAAAAGGAUAAACAUUUUAAACCCUGACACCAAGUGGUAUUCAUUUUUUUGUGGCGAUUUUAAUUCGCAACCAUUUGAUACACCAUAUUUAUCAAUUACUUCAAAACCAAUAAAUUAUGACAGUAACAAAAGAAUGAAAACAGUUAUCGAAUGUAGUUUGUCCUUUAAAUUUAGUAAAAAAAGAGACGGGGAUGAUGGAGACGAUGAAGAAGAUGGAAAUAUUGAACUGAGUAAAGAUCAACCCCAAAGUCCUGUUCCAUCAGAUUAUCAAGCUACUGAGGAACAAUACGAAUUAUGCCAACGUUUACAAAAAGUUCAUAAUAGUUUAAAUAUGAGAGCUAUUUCAUUAUACAGUAUUGGUUAUGGUAAAGUACAUCCUGAGAACGCUAAUGUUCAUCGCGAUAGAGGCGAACCUGAAAUAUCUAAUUGGGCCCAUACUUGGAGGGGAUUGUUGGAUUAUAUUUUUUUCAUUAGAUCAUGGGAUACCACCACUGAUUGUACUCAAAUUGAUGAUUUUGAUACUUUUGCCAAAGAAAAUGAUGUUUUGGUAACAAAAUAUCUAAGGUUACCGCCAGCUUCAGAGAUGACUGAGCAUGGUCAACCACACGAAAAGGAAUAUGGAAGUGAUCAUCUAUCAAUUAUGUGUGAAGUAUAUUUGAAGUGA